ACUCAGUAACCCACCAUUCUGUACAAGAAAACCACCCCAAACGAGCAGUGAGUCAUACACAGUUAUUAGACGAUGAAUGGGGGUUUUAUGCAGUGCUCAGCAAACUACAUGCCCUUGUCACCGAUAAGCUUCUUGGAGCGAGCAGCUGUCGUCAAUGGCGAGAAGCCUUCAGUCGUCUACGGUGGCAUAAGGUUUUCGUGGAAGGAGACGCAUCAAAGAUGUCUCAACUUCGCCUCAGCUUUGGUCCGGUUAGGAAUAUCUCGCCACGAUGUUGUUGCGGCUAUUGCACCAAAUAUUCCAGCACUCUAUGAGCUCCAUUUCAGUGUUCCAAUGGCCGGAGCAAUUCUUUGUGCCCUCAACAUUAGGCUGGACUCACCCACAUUAUCAUUGAUAUUACAACAGUUGGAGGCCAAAGUCAUUCUCGUAGACUAUCAGUAUCUUCAGGUUGUCCUCCAAGCACUCGAAAAAUUGUCCCCAAAAAUAUGCAAGCCACCUCUACUCAUUCUCAUCCCAGAGUGCGACCAACUCUCAUCUAAUGGUACCAUAGAUCAUGACCUUCCACCAGGUAGCUUGAAUUAUAACGACCUGCAGGGUAGUACAGCGGAACCCGACUUUGAGAUUCGAAGACCCCUCAAUGAAUGUGACCCAAUUUCAGUGAACUACACUUCUGGUUCAACUGGGAAUCCCAAAGGAGUAGUGUACAGCCACAGAGCUACGUACCUGAAUUCACUAGGAGCAAUUUUUCAGAGUGAAAUGGCAAAAAUGCCAGUGUUCCUAUGGACAGUUGACAUGUUUCGCUGCAAUGGAUGGUGCUUCCCUUGGGCUGUUGCUGCUCUUGGGGGAACCAAUAUCUUCCUCAGAGAAAAUCACUCCGCAAAGCUCAUUUUCGAAGCGAUUGAUCUUCACAAGGUAAUCCAUUUGUGUGGAUCACCCUGCAUUUUAAACAUUCUAGCACAUCAUGCCUCAAAAAGUGACCAAAUUAGGCCAUUGAAAUCAACGGUGAAUAUUCUUGUUGCCGGUGCAUUGCCACCGCCGCAGAUUCUUAAUCAAGUUGCCAAAUUGGGUUUCAAUGUGAGUCAUGGAUAUGGUAUGACAGAGGCUCUUGGUCCAGCAAUUGUUACACCGUGUAAACCAGAACUGAAGUCCCAGUACAAUCUGAUGAUGGAAGGGGUUGAUGUGAAGGACCCAAGCACCAUGGAAAGUGUUCCAUAUGAUGGUAAAACAAUGGGGGAGAUAAUGUUUAGGGGCAACACUUUGAUGUUGGGGUACCUCAAAAAUUCAAAAGCAAUGAUUGAGCCUUUUCAGGGUGGGUGGUACAGAACUGGUGACCUAGCAAUCAGACACUCAGAUGGGUACAUUCAAAUGAAGGAUAGGGCAAGGGACAUGAUCAUUUCUGGGGGGGAGGCUAUAAGUACACUUGAGGUAGAGGCAGUUUUGUUGACUCAUCCUUGUGUUUUGGAGGCUGCUGUUGUGGGGAGAAAUGAUGAUUGCUUGGGGAAGACUCCUUGUGCUUUUGUGAAGUUGAAGGAGGGAUUUUGCAGUGGUGGAAAUUCAAGUACUUCAGAGGAGAUUAUGAAGUUUUGUGGGGAGAAAUUGCCUGCUUAUAUGGUUCCAAAAGCUGUGGUUUUCGGGGAUCUGCCAUUGAAUUCUACUGGGAAGAUACAGAAGUUUGUUCUGAGGGAGAAGGCAAAUAAACAGGUUUGUGCUGAGACCACUAUGUUACAUGAAUAGAACUCGAGUUUUGGGCUGUGAAUGAGUACUUAUUAUUCUUUCAUAGACCAAACAAAAUUGUUCUAGCUUCUGUAGCACAUUUGAUAUUCUUUGUUACAUAAUGCAAGCUGUUGUGCAUAUGAGCGCUCUCUCUCUUUCAUGGAGUACUUCAGCGGGAACCUCCACGACGAGAACUCAGUUUGAGUUUCUCGGUUCGGCCUCUUGCUGGGAGAUCCUCAGUUUGGCUUUUUGCUGGGAUAUACCCGAUUUACGUUUAUGGGUACAGAGAUGGAGAUCUAGAUUUGCUUACCAGAGAUCUUUGGAGGCUCGAUUUCGACAAAUGAAUCAUUCUUGCAGAUUUUGGCUGCUGCCUCUCUCAACGUUGCUGUCGGCGGAGUUGGGCGGCGGUUGGUUAUAGAUUCGGCUCGGUGGUCAUGGACUGGGCUCGGUUAUUGGCCUCUGUUUGUUACUCUAUGUUUCCUAGUUUUAGGGCUAGUUUUGUAACUCCUUCGGGAGCUUGUCCUUUACAGACCUUGUACCCUUUAUCGGCUGUUGCCUUUUAUUGCAAUGUUCCUACUUAAUAAAAA